AUGACCACCAGCAGCAGCGAUGGAGGUAUCGACUUCGCUCUAUACCGCUACACCCCUUCAAUCGUGGCGGCCGUUAUUUUCGCAGUUAUCUUUCUGAUAAUCACAAUUCUGCACGGCAUUCGACUAUGGCGACAUCGCACUUAUUUCUUCGUUCCCUUUAUCAUCGGUCUACUUUUUGAGUGCGCUGGGUAUAUUGCUCGCAUCUUUUCACACUUUGACACAAAAGCUCUUGGUCCAUACAUCGUUCAGACCAUGCUUAUUCUGGUCGCACCGCCACUUUUUGCCGCCUCGAUCUAUAUGACUCUAGGCAGAGUCAUUGUCGCUCUCAACUGCCACCAGUUCUCGAUUGUACCUGUUCGGUUCCUUACCAAAAUAUUUGUGAUUGGAGACGUGAUCUCGUUCCUCCUCCAGUGUGGAGGUGGUGGGUAUAUGGCCGCCGGAACAAUUUCCGCCAUGAAUAUGGGUGCAAAUAUCGUCAUUGGUGGUCUUGCCAUUCAACUUCUCUUUUUCGGAUUCUUCGUUGUCGUAUCGGCUGUGUUCCACUGGCGCGUUAAGUUGAACUCUCUAAACAUUUCACAUUCUUCGGAGCACAGCAAGAAGUGGGAAUCCAUAAUGUGGGCUCUCUACGCUGCUUGCUUCCUCAUUCUGGUGCGAUCGAUCUUCCGUGUGGCUGAAUUUGUCGAGGGUAAUGACGGCUUUAUUAUGAAGAGAGAAUAUCUCUUGUACAUUUUCGAUGCUUGUCUCAUGGCUUUGACUGGCAUUGUGCUGGCAAUCAUUUACCCUGGUUCAUUUCUUGGCCGGGAUGGGAGCAAGCGGGACAGUGAGCUCCAGCUGAUGUCUACAGAUGAGGACUACAGACCGCAGAGAUCAAAGGCCUAUGGGCCUUAA